GAGAGCGAGCAAGCGAGCGGACCUUGCACAGCACGCUGCUGUGGGAAAAGCAGGAUUUGCGGUGCGGAUCCUGUCCACCGCUGGACUUUCUGCUGUCUUCUCCUGCUGCUGCACUGGGAGGACCUUCUCCCGUCCCUCCCCAGUCCCUCUGCUGGCAGCACCACCACUUUGGGAUCGCCCUUCCUGCAUUUCCUCGCUCCUCCGUUGCCUUUUGUUCUCUGCCGAGUGUGUCCGCUGGCUGAGGAUACCCGCCACCCUCCGACAGCUGCGCUCAGAACACCGGGGACCGGAGCGACAGGAGAGAGAGAGAGUGAAAGAGCGUGCUAGAGCAAGCAGGGAGAGCCCAGAGAGAGGGAGGCAGAGAGGAGCGAAAGAAGCUGCUCUUGGAGAAGUGAUCGUUACGCCGUCCCCCUCGCACCCGGCUUCUACUGCUCCCCUCUCAUUCCCAUCCCUGUUUCCUGUCCGGGACCCUUAGGACUGUUCUUGGCCGCCUCCUCGUCCUUCUCCUCCUUGACUUGCACCUAGGUGCCGGCUCUCCUGCUUCUCCAGCGCCCUCUGGGGAGGGGGAGAGAGGGAACGUCCGACGGCCUCGAACCCCAAGGAGGAGCUGCGUCAGCCACCUCCUGUCCACCAGAGACUCGGAGCAGCAGUGCCCGGGGCACGGACUACCUGUCAGCCUUUCCCCCCAGGGCCUCACGAUUCCAGCUACAUGGGCAAACGGUUGGAACAGCAGCCAAUGUACCCCCACUACACCUACUACUACCCUCAUUACCUCCAGACUAAGCAGCCCUAUGCUCCACCCCCUCAUCCAAUGGCUCCGCCCAGCCCCAGCACUAACAGCUGCAGCCAGAGCGGGGCUGAGCAACUCAGUAAAACCAACUUGUACAUCCGAGGGCUUCCGCCUGGAACCACAGACCAGGACCUCAUCAAGCUCUGCCAGCCAUAUGGAAAAAUAGUCUCAACAAAAGCAAUCCUGGAUAAGAACACCAAUCAGUGCAAAGGCUAUGGCUUUGUGGACUUUGAUAGCCCAGCGGCGGCACAGAAAGCCGUGUCAUCCCUCAAGGCCAGCGGAGUGCAAGCGCAGAUGGCCAAGCAACAGGAGCAGGACCCCACCAACCUGUACAUCUCCAACCUGCCGGUCUCCAUGGACGAGCAGGAGCUGGAAAACAUGCUGAAGCCCUUUGGCCACGUUAUCUCCACACGGAUAUUGCGGGAUGCCAACGGGGUCAGUCGAGGAGUCGGUUUUGCUAGAAUGGAGUCCACAGAAAAAUGCGAGGUGGUCAUACAGCAUUUCAAUGGAAAAUAUCUCAAAACUCUCCCAGGCAUUCCAGCACCCACCGAACCUCUGCUGUGCAAAUUUGCCGACGGAGGGCAGAAGAAGCGCCAGAGCCAGAGUAAAUACCCACAGAACGGACGGGCGUGGCCCAGAGAUGGGGAGAGCGGCAUGGCGUUGACGUACGACCCAGCUGCAAUGCAGAAUGGGUUCUACUCCCCGCCAUACAGCAUCGCCACGAACCGCAUGAUCGCACAGACAUCCAUCACACCGUUCAUCGCUGCUUCUCCUGUCUCAACAUAUCAGGUCCAGAGCACAUCAUGGAUGCCUCACCAACAGUACGUUAUGCAACCAACGGGGGCUGUGAUCACGCCAGCCAUGGAGCACGGCAUGUCCAUGCAGCCGGCCAGCAUGAUGGGGCCCCUCACCCAGCAAAUGAACCAUCUGUCCCUGGGUACUACAGGAAGCUACAUGACUGCCGCCGCGCCACCUAUGCAAGGGACCUACAUUCCCCAGUACACUCCUGUGCCUCCAGCUGUUCCAGUUGAGGGUGUGGUCACUGACGCCUCCCCUCAGACGGUCGCCCCUUCGUCACAAGAGGCUGGCGGGCAGCAGCAGAUACAGGUGGAAAGCGCGAGCGACCACGUUCCUGCCUACUCGUACCAGUCCAAAUAACAGGCAUGUUCCUGCGACAGCGUGGCCUUGAGGUGGGGAGUCUGCACUGAGACAGGGGGCAAUCGGCGUCCAGCGCGGCCAGGCGCCUAUCGGAUCCCUUCCUCAAGUCUGCUUCCUCGGCCCCCCCCCCCCCGGGGCAAGGGCCUUCCUCCGGUCGCCCGACAGCUGCGAUAAACCGAGGCUUGAAAUGUUUUUCCAAGAAAUUUCUAAAAUAAAAAAUUCCAAAAGAAAUAACGGUUGAAUGUGCAAGUAGGUGAUUUUUAUUAUUAAUAUUAUUAUUACUAUUAUUAUUGUUAUUAUUAUUAUAAUUAUUAUUAUUACUGAGAGGAGAGACGAGUUUCAGAAACACACGCUGUCUUCCUCAGAUACUAAAGUACUCUUUCUUUUCAUUCUUUUUUAUUUCUUACAUUAAAGGUUAGUUUUUUUAGAGAACAAUGUUUUUUCAUGAAUCUUUAUUGCCUUAAUUUUAAGGACGACAGAGACUUUCCCCAAGGGUUCAGUCGAGUGUCUCGUUCUAGAAAAAAAAAUGAAUGAAUGAAUGGAUUAAUGGAUGGAUGAGUGACGUGUCCCUCGGACGAGCUCAGAGGUACUGGAGAGCGCCGAGCCGAGGGCGAUGAGCCGUACACGCUUCGUUGAGGGAGUUCCUUCUUCGUUAGAAGAAAGCCUUGUGAAAUAUUAGCAGUCGGUGGGAACCGAGUGUGAGCGAGAGAUGGAGAGCAGUCAGUGCGAGAGCUUCACUGCGAGAAGAAGCCGAGCUGUGCGCUGCACUGGACGCAGCGUCCUUGCUAGAAAGCUGACCUUGUUUUUUCAGUAUCAUUUCUCUCGGCAAAAAUUGCUGUUGACAACAUUAGUGCUUUUUAUCUGCAGACUUUUACCUUUUUAUGA